UUGGGUGUCACAAUUGAGUCUGAGCUUCCUGGCAAGCCAAGCAAAAAGAAUAGGUACAACGUUGUCCCCAAAGGGAAAUAUUUUCUUCUGGACAAGUGCAGCUUUUCUAGACCUUCAGCUGGAAAUAAUGCAUGUGGGUGGUUCUUUCCGUGCCUGUCCAGCUUCCUGUGGCCUCUGAUUCUUGUGCAGUGGGGCUCCCAGAGCCGGCCUUCUGUUUAGUGUCAGUGUUUUCUUCCAGGAACUAUGAAUCAUUCCCAGGACACCAGCUCUCGAGGCAUGCCUGAAGAUCGAAAGCUUUAUAUUGUGGAUUCCAUAAAUGACUUAAACAGACUGACCCUCUGUCCUGCUGGCUCACAGCAUCUGCUCCCUCUCCAGGAGAAAAUCCCAGACGUUGGCACUAACUCAGGAAACGGAAGUCACAGUCUAUUUUUUAUGGGGCUGAUAAUUGUGCUGAUUGUCAGUCUGGCACUGGUUUCCUUCGUGAUCUUUCUAAUAGUUCAAACUGGAAACAAGAUGGAUGAUGUGUCGAGAAGACUAACAGCUGAGGGAAAGGACAUAGACGAUCUUAAGAAAAUCAACAGCAUGAUUGUAAAGCGACUCAAUCAACUGGACGCAGAACAAAACUAAAGAAAUGAGCAUCUAAAAGCAGCCGCCAGCACCUGAGCUUCGCGCUUUAUUGGGUGUGCACGGGCUUAUGAACUGAGCAUGCGCAUUUCUGCAGGCAACAGACCAUCUGGUUAGUGAUCCCAACCCUGGGGCCAAGUUAAUGCUGUAGGGUUGGGAGCGACUCCAAGGCAAAGGGGUUUGGGGAUAGCAACCAGAAAAAGGGCUCGUUGUAUGCUGUGUCCUUCUGCUUUAUUGGGGUUAAGGGUGGCCGUUAUGGAGGAGAACCAAUAGCAAGCCAGAGAAUUUGGCUCUGUACAUACAACUUCUUUUACAAAAGGACUUUCAUCACCAGAACAAGUUCCCUGUGCCAGUGAGGUUCAUGGUGCCUCGUGCAUCUUUAUGAAUUCCUGUGACAGCCUCAUGGUUUCAUUGAAGUAUGUGUUUUCAAGGGAACCAGGUGUUAACUCUUUUCAAUAAAAGAAAAUUUGCU